GGGUAAAUCGGCACCACGGGCCACGAACUUGUCGUGUUCGAAGCCACGUAGAACGCCCGGGCUACGGUAGCUCGUCGUCCUUCGGCGUUAUUCCUCACCGACGCCCGCGGGCAAUGUGCCCACCCGACGAGAUAACUACGGGUGGACAAGGCGUACGAUGCUUAGGGAUGCUUGGACGAACGACGGUGGGAAAGGCUGGUGGCGAUGUUGGUCCAGGUUGGGCGGAUUGCUGGCGAUGGCGACAGCCAUUUCCUGUCUCGUUGUCUCGUUUCCGGGCGCCUCGGCCAAUCCGGAAGCGAAGCGUCUUUACGAUGACCUGCUGUCGAACUACAACCGCCUCAUCCGCCCCGUUGGCAACAACAGCGAUCGCCUCACUGUCAAAAUGGGACUACGCCUCUCCCAGCUCAUCGACGUUAACUUGAAGAAUCAGAUCAUGACAACAAACGUUUGGGUGGAACAAGAGUGGAACGAUCACAAGCUGAAGUGGAAUCCGGACGAUUAUGGCGGUGUCGAGACCCUUCAUGUACCAUCGGAACACAUAUGGCUGCCUGACAUUGUACUUUACAAUAAUGCCGAUGGAAACUACGAGGUAACCAUUAUGACCAAGGCGAUCUUGCACCAUUCGGGAAAGGUCCUGUGGAAGCCACCGGCGAUCUAUAAAUCAUUUUGCGAGAUCAACGUGGAGUAUUUCCCCUUCGACGAGCAGACCUGCUUCAUGAAGUUUGGCUCGUGGACUUACGACGGAUAUACGGUCGACCUGCGGCAUCUCGCUCAGACCGAAGAUUCGAAUCGAAUCGAUAUGGGUAUCGAUCUGACAGAUUAUUACAUCUCCGUCGAGUGGGACAUAAUAAAAGUGCCUGCCACGAGGAACGAGGCGUUCUAUAUUUGCUGCGAGGAACCGUAUCCCGACAUAGUGUUCAACAUCACCCUACGCCGCAAGACCCUCUUCUACACGGUAAACCUGAUAAUACCGUGCGUGGGCAUAUCCUUCCUCUCGGUGUUGGUGUUUUACCUUCCGAGUGACAGCGGUGAAAAGGUCUCCUUGUCGAUUUCGAUACUCCUCUCGUUGACGGUGUUUUUCCUCUUGCUCGCUGAGAUAAUACCGCCCACGUCAUUGACAGUGCCGUUGCUCGGCAAGUAUUUGUUGUUUACGAUGGUGCUUGUUACUCUUUCGGUUGUAGUGACGAUCGCGGUGUUGAAUGUGAACUUUCGGUCACCGGUGACUCACCGUAUGGCGAAGUGGGUUCGGAUCGUGUUCAUUCAGGUGCUCCCGCCAUUCCUCCUCAUCAAAAGACCAGACAAAAACGGAGACAAUGAAAAUGAGGAUGAUAUCAACGGGUUCGACGGUGGUGCUAACAGUGUUGGUACCGGUGUUGGUGAUAAUGGUGGUAGAAACGGUGGUGGCGCCGGUAGCUCCCAUCAUCAUCGACUUCAUCGUAUUCACAACGGGCACGAGCUCGACGACGAGCUCGACGACGUCGUCGACGUGGGCGACGUCGAAGCACCGAACAGGAAACCGCCCGAGGCUAUCCUCACCGAUGUGUUCCAUGUACAAGAGACUGAUAAAUACAAGCCGUAUAGCGGUAAGAGGUUCAGCGGCGAAUACGAGGUACCUGGAUCACAUGGUCCACUGGCACACCUCAUCGUCGGCCAUCAUCAUCACCAUGGCGGUGUUGCUGGCGGUCCUGGUCUUCCACCACCGAGCUCCUUACCGACCACUGGCCCACCUCCGCCGCCAUCACUGAGCAAGCCACCGAGCUUUCAUCACGAGCAUGUUGCCCCAUAUUUCGAGGAACCACUGCCCUCCUUGCCUCUGCCUGGUGCCGACGACGAUUUUUUUGGACCGACUAGUCCUGGUUAUGCACACGAGGACAUCAGUCCCACCUUCGAGAAGCCGUUGGUACGCCAAAUCGAAAAAACCAUACAUGACGCCCGAUUCAUCGCACAGCAUGCCAAGAACAAGGAAAAUUUUGAGAGCGUCGAAGAGGAUUGGAAGUACGUCGCGAUGGUGCUUGAUCGGAUCUUCCUAUGGAUCUUCACGUUCGCUUGCGUGUUCGGUACGGCGCUGAUAAUCCUCCAAGCUCCGAACCUUUACGACACGACGAAGCCGAUCGACAUAAAGUAUAGCAAGAUCGCGAAGAAGAAGAUGAUGUUGAUGAAUAUGGGCCCGGAGGAGGAAUAGUUGACGAUAAAGCGCGGCCAAUGGUCGCCGUGUCAUUGGCGCGAUUGUCGACGUCAUCGCCGUCAUCAUAAUCAUCGUCAUCGUCAUCGUCAUCGUCAUCGUCAUCACCGGCUUUGCUGGCGCCGUCUUCAUCGUCGGUAUCGUCAUCAUCGUCAUCGUCGGCGUCGCCGACGUCGACGACGACAUUGUUGUUCGUCGUCGUCAUCGUCGUCCUCGUCGUCCUCGCUGUCGUCAUCCAUCGAUACUGCCGAUUUUCGCGUCAAUGCGGAGAAGGACGCGACUCUUCUCUCUCGUCCACCGCUCCGCUUUUCUUCCAUCGCUGCCCCGUGCCCGUCGUUUCCUUUCCGGCUCGUCCUGGAACGAGACUAGAUAAAGUGACGAGAUAAAGUGAAUGUAUGUAAGAAAGAUAGAUAAAUGUAUGUAGAAAGAAGGGGAGAGAGAGAGAGAGAGAGAGAGAGAGAGAGAGAGAGAGAGAGAGAUGGAGAGAAAGGGAGGGAGAGAAAGAGAAAGAGAACAUGUCUAUGAAUAUAUAUAUAUAUAUAUAUAUAUAUAUAUAUAUAUAUAUAUAUAUGAGAGAAAGAUAGAAUGAAUCUGAACGAAGAACGACGAUGUCGCUUGUCUCCCCUCGUUUCCUUUCCCAUCUUCACUUUUUUUUCUGUUUCAGAAGGGUAGUUUCGAGUGGGAUAGAGAGCGACUGAAGUGCGAGUAAGAUAGAGCGUAUGAUAGAGAAAGAGAGAAAAAAUGAGAGUGAACGACUGAUAGGGGCGUGAAAGAACAGUGAGUAUCAAGUGAAUGUUACGUUGUGAUGUUGUGGGUGGGCUCGACGGGAAGAGACGGAGGGAAGAGCGAGAGGAGGAGAAAAAGUGCCAAAUACGCGAAAAACACGCGCACCGUAUUUUUGUAAAUCUGGUUUCAUACGUAAGGCUAGAGUCGUGCGGCGAGACGUCGAACUGCCCGAACUGCCGAUUUUAUAUAAGACGUUUACAGCGAGGGGGGCGCGUUUCACGGAUACACAUAUAGAUACACGUACAGAUACACACUUACAUAUGCACACGUAUACACAGCUGUACACAUGCACUCCCUAUGUAUUUAUUAUUAUUCUUACUAUCAUUAUCGUCAUUAUUAUCAUUAUUAUUAUUAUCAUAUUAUUAUUACUAUUACUAUUAUUAUUAUAUAUAAAUAUAUAUAUAAAUAUAUAUAUAUGUAUAUAUAUAUAUAUAUAUAUAUAUAUAUAUAUAUAUAUACAUAUACCGCACACACUGUCGCUCACGUAUCGUAUAUGCACGUCUACACAUCCAGUCACUACUUCCGCUAUAUAAAUACAAAUAUACAUAGAUACACGAGGAAUAUAUGCACAUACGUGUGCCGUACAUAUAUACGUAAAAGUACACAUACAUACAUACAAUACAUAUACAGGAAGGGUAUUUAAACUGUGCACACGUAUAUAUAUUCGCAUCGAUACGACGGUGGAGGGCGAACGUUACGCGUUGCUUCGAAGUUGCACUGUUGAAAUGCUUGUGCACAUUUAAGGCGCAGCAGAAACAAUAACAAAAACAACAAUAAUAACAACAAGAACAACAAAAAUUAACAACAACGUGCUAUCACGUUGUAUGUAUUUGCAACGAAAUAUCCUUUUUGAAAGCGCACUUACACGAACACGACGAACGUCCAUGCCGAAAUUAAUUCGUUUGUUUAUUCAUUCGUUUAUUAAAAUUAAAAAAUGAUUUUUUUACUAGAUUGCAGUCAUGAGACAUGUGAACGAGCGAUGUGGGUUCAUCGAUCGAUCGAUCGAUUUUAUUUUUAUUUAAUUUUAUUUUUUUUUAAUAUUAUUUUUUUCAUUUAAAAUAGGAACAUCGAAAUUCUUGCUGAACAAUAGUUUUUUACUAUUUUGUCGAAUGACGUUUAAUGCGCAAUAAAAUGAAAAUUCUUUUUUUAUCCUAUAAUUUCUUUUUCUGCUUUUUUUCUUUUUAACGACGAAAAAAUUUUUUAAACGUUCGUUCGUGUAAAUCGUGCUUGUAUUUAGUGUAUAAUACUGGUUAUAAGAGGGUAAAACGUUUCCACCGUUUUUACGGGGACGUAUGAGAGGCGAAUUUUCUUCACCGUUUUCUUCGAACGCAUUCGCGUUUGCGGAAAGUUACGAGAAGUUUAUGCAGCAGAAAGCGAGAAAAAGAGAUGGAGAUAGAGAUAGAAAUAGAGAGAGAGAGAGAGAAUGAGAAAGAGGGAGAGAGAGAAAUAUAGAUAGAGAGAGAGAGAGAGAGAGAGAGUAUAGUGGGAGAAACAAAACAUAAAUCGCUUGCAAACAACUGCCAAUAUUAGAUGCGGCCUCAAUUUAAUUUAGUCGGUGCGUGUGUAUGGGGAAAGAAGAUAUCGAAAGAAAGAAACGAGGAAACAAGAUGAAAAGAGAGAGGGAGAGGAAAAGAGAGACAAGGACAGAAUGAAAAUCGAUCGGAUCGUAAAAGAUAAAAGAUUGGAACGAUCGAGGGAAAGAUCAAGACUCCAGAAGAAUGAAAGUUUGUUAACAAUUUAAUAUUUUUAUCGUUCGUUCUUUACUCUUCUUUUCUUUUUUUUUUUUCUUUUUUAAGUCAGACUAUAAAAAUACUACUUGUGUAUAAAAAUACUACUUGAAUAAAGUAAAACGUGAAGAUGUAAUUAUGAUAAUAUCGUGAAUUUUUUGUUUUAUUUUCUGUUCAUUGUUCAGGUUUUGAUCUCUAUCAAUAAGUAGUUUUAUUUUCUGUCAAUAAAUAGAUGAGAAUAGUAUAAAGUGGAUCAAUAAUAACAUCAUACAGUACCAUAUUGAGAGUGAGAAGAAAAAGUAAAAGAGGAAAAGAGAGAGACAGAAAAGGAUGAUAAACUUACAAAGGACAAAGUAAAAUGAAAAAAAGGAAACUAUAUCUUGGAUCCUAUAUAUCCUUUUAGUGAACGCGGAAGAGGAUGGAUCACGUUCAUAGUUGUAGCAGUUGCGUGGAAAAGAAUCUUGGAAUUCGACGUAUAUCUCAAAGCAUCUUUGGAUCCUUUAGGAUGUCAUGUAGGCGUACAACCGAAAACGAGAGAACGAUGGUAAAGGAAGAAAUGAUUCCUCUAUGAUCGCGAGAUGAAACUUCUCGAGGAAUUCUAAGUGAGCAAAAGGUAUUUUGUGAGAAUAUAAAAUGUAAGAAAAAAAGAUCAGAAAAAGGAAGAAAAUUAUUUACCAUAUAAAAGUAUAAAUGAUGAUAAAAAUGAGAAAUUCUUGAUGAGAAUCAAUCGACCGUAUAAAUUUCGAAACUUUUGGAUAUAUGAAAUUUUUCUUUUAUAUCUCUUUUCUUUUUUGUUUGACUUUUUUUAUGUUCUGUUAUUAUUUGUUUCUUAAGCAAUAUGGUUAAAUAAAGAACUAUAUUCUCUGGAGUCAUUCGACGAAAAAUAGUACGAAGAAUGAACUGUUCUAGAGGUGAAUAAAGUAAGUAAAAUACCCACACACGCAGUUUUGAAGAAUAUUAUCGCAAAUUAAAGAAACGAAUUCAUACACACAGACACACGGACACGGACAUUGUUAAUGUAUCGAGAAAGGGAGAAAAAGGAGAAAGAGGAAGGUUAAAUGAGAAGGUGGAGGAGGGUCAAUAAGAAGGGAGGAAGAAAAUGAGGGCGUGAGGUGAAUGACUAGCACGCCCUCAAAGGUAUUAUAAUCAAUUUAUUCGCUCGCGUAAGAGGUAAACGGUAUAAUUAUAUUUAAUAUGUGCAUAUAGGUGUAAAAGAAAUAAAAAUUAUAAUUAAACGAACUUAAUCACAUAAUCGAGAAUGGACGACUAGGUUAAAUUCGUUGGAUGUGAAAAAAGAAGUGAUAUGAAAAUACAUGUGGUGCUAGUGAUACUUAAUGAUGAUGUGGCACAGUACUGGUAUUAACAAAUGAAUAAACAAAUAAAGUGGUGGGAGUGAUCGGUCGACGAUAUUCUCAAAGAUCAUUGUUAUUUAUUUAUAUACACGAGCAUUGGCGAGGUCAGUUCACGUAGAAUCUUCUACCGAGAUGGAACUACGUUGGAUUAUCUGGAUUUGCGAGAAGGAAAAAGGAAAGAGGAAAAAAAGAUAGAUAGAUAGAGAGAAAAAGAGAGACAGAGAGACAGAGACAAAGACAGAGCAGAGAGAGAGAGAGAGAGAGAGAGAGAGAGAGAGAGAGAGAGAGAGAGAGAGAGAGAGGAAGACAGAGAGAAGAUCGAAGAGAAGGAAAGAGCGUAGUAAGACGUGCAAAAAAAAUUUAAUCGAUACUUACAAUUUCAUCGUAUACUUAUUUAGGAUUGACCGCAAUUUAUACUAUUCUAUAAUUAAAAAAAAAAAGAAAAAAAAAUUAAAUAAAAGAAGAAGAAAAAGAAAGAAAGAGAAGAGAAACGUCGAAUUUCUCGUUACUCGAGCUCGACCAUGCUCGACUCUUGCUCGUUCGUCGCUAAUGGAUUCGUUUUUCGGUCUCUCCAUACUUUUUCGCUCUUUUCCAGAUUUUUUUUGUUUCCCCGCUCUUUUCCUAUUUUUACACCCGUUCGUUCCCAAAUUACUCGCGCGUUCUACUAUUCGGGCUACUCACAUCGCGAAAAGGAACUCUCGGAUUUUGUGGUAGCUGGUCUCGAAGCGCCGAAGCAGCACUCCGGGAAUGUUCCGUUGAAGCUCGUGCGAUCGAAAAAAAAGAAAAGUAAAAAAUGAAAAAAGAAAAAGAAAGAGGAAAAAAGAAGUACGUUGUAUUCGUCGUUGAAAAAAUGAAUUUAUCGCGGAUUUCUACCUCUAUCGCUUUGGUUAGGUGACUUCGAAAGAGCGAAUGCGAGGGUUUAACGAAAAAAAGUGGAUACGCGCGUCGACGCGUUUAGCUUUCUCGUUUUAUUUUUUUUCUUUUUUUUCUUGUUUUCAACCAAGACAAAAAUAAACGGGAACAAGCAAAAAAAAACAAAAGAAAAAAGAAAGGAGAAAAAAGCUGUAGAAAGAGAUGAAGAGAGCGAGAAGGUGAGCGUAUAAAUAAGCAAAAAAAUAAAAAAUAAAAAUAAACGAUCUGGUCAGUUUGUCGAUAGGAACAUGAUGUGCGGUGAGAUAGAGAGACGGAGAGAAAAAGAAAAAGAGAGAGAGAGAGAGAGAAAGAGGGGGAUAGAAUAGAAGAGAAACACAGAGAGAGAGAAAGAGAGAGAGAGAGAAGUUAUAAACUACUCUCGUGACAAAGUUAAUCGAUAAAGCCGGCAGGCGCAUUGCGCUCUAGGUAUGUUAUACGAGAACUUAUAAAGCGCGCGCGUUAACGAGCAUAAUACUACUGAUAAUAAAUAAAUAACAUUGGAUAUACUGUAAGCGAGCUUAUGCGUCGAAUCGAUCGCUGCUCUCUACGAUUAAUUGCUGCUAGAGAAGCAAUUUCAAUUGCGUGGCGAUAACGUUUUGUUGAACGUUGCCGCGCUGAAUUGGUGUUCAAAUAUUCCUCGACAAUUUGAAAACUUUUUAACGUCGUAUUGUAAGAUCCUGAUCGAUCUGUUUUUUUAAUUGUCUUUCUUUUUUUUUCUUUCUUCUUCUUCUCCGACAAUCUCUAGAUAAAAAGGCAGAAAACGAAAGGGUGAGUGAGAGUGAAUGAGAGGGAGUGAAAGAGAGAAAGAGAGAAAGAGAGAGAGAAAGUGUAUUAUUAAUUCGAAAAUAUAGGUGGAAGGAAUAUAUUAUAUUGCUGUACAGAAACGUGUUGACAUCUCCUAAAUAAGUCGUAUUAUUAUAUACUAUUAUGAUAACGAUAUUCGUCGAUGAUUUUAUAAACAAUGUUGAUCUAUGACGGCGAGGAUGGCGACGAUGCGCGAAAGGAGUUCACAUCGAAAAUGAGCCACCUUUCCGUUUUGUUUUAUAAGCUUAUAAACCCUUUCAAUCUUAAUUAACAGAUCGUUCAUUCUUGUCCUAUAAUCGUUGUUCAUACAUUAUCUUAACGGUUUUCAUAGAUUCUACGUAACCCCUGUCACUUUGAUAAUUAAUUCCAUACUUAAUUGUCGUAUCAUGUUCCUCUCGCGAACUUUCGUGACGUACUAGUUAAACAUUAUGUUCCUAGUAUGGAAUUAGUAUUUUAUUGUAUAUAGAUCACAAUUAAGUCCAUCCGCGAGUUAGUGGAUAUCGUGUAAUAUUACAUUUGUUAUUCGUUUUCAUCUUUCUUUAAUGAAGUUAUUACUCUUAUCGAAAAACGUUGUUAACGAUUCGUACAAAUUGUGUUAUUUAUUAAUAAUAAUUAUUAUUAUUAUAAUUAUUGUUAUAGUAAUAAUGAUAAUAAUAAUAAUUAUUAUUAUUUUCGUCUUUUCGAAGCGAAGCGAGAAAAGCAAACAAAGAAAAAGGAAAAAGAAAAAAUACAUACGUUUUCCAAUCCUUUCGCAACAAAAAGAAAAAAAAAGAAAAAAAAAAGAAAAGAAAAGUUAAAAGAAUCACACUUCGCCCUUCCGAAAAAAGCCCAAUCGUCGUCAGAAAGCCCAAUCACGUGUCUUCCUGUUAAUCGAAUCCUCUGAUCCUUCAGCGUUAUACACGAAUAUAGAUAAAUAAUAGAAAGAAGAAAAAGCGCGACAAGGAAGGAAAAGUAGGAAUAGAAACUUCGCGCGCUUUUUCUCUUUUAAUAUUCGAUAAUCAGUCGGUUUUUUAACUCGACGCGAACGCGCAAGAAAAGAAAUUAAGAAAAAAAAGAAUAUAAGAACGAAAAGGAAAAAAGAAAAAAAAACUAGCAAAAAACAAAAAAAAAUCAUUGGCAUUGACGAUGAUCGAUGAGAUCGAUUUUCUUAUCAAAUUGCCUUCGACGAUCCUACCAAGAAAAUAAAUUUAUUCUUUCUUAUAGAAACGAAGACGAAGAGAUUGGUUAUUAUAAAAAUUAUUUCUUUUCUUAUUUUCAUCGGUAAAUUUACUUUUUCAAGGGUUCUUUAAUAUAAAUCUUCCCAGCGAGGAUUCUCGCCUUCUUCUUUUUUCUUUAUUUUUCUUUUUAAGGCAGCCUUACUAGUAAAGGAAAUAUUUUCUUUAUUAAUUACGCGAGAUAUUUGAAUUUUCUUUUCAAAUCCUUCUUCUUUCUUUCUCUCCCUCCUUCCCCCUUUCUUCCCCAUCGUAAGUUUAUUCCAAAAUUGUAUACUUCUUCUUUCGCAAUUAUUCACGCGUCAAAAGCAAUUUAUUAAACGUUCUAUUUUCCUUUUUUUUCGAUUUGAUUCGACUGCCGUUUAUUAAAAAAAAAAGAGAGAAAAGAGAAAAAGAAUGGUAUACAUUUUUCAAGAGUUAUUUAAUUUUUCACGCGACUUUGUUCUUCCUGUAGGAGCAUUCAUUAGCAGUGCAAACUACGUCCUUACGAAAUUAGAACGAAGCUCGUAAGAUAAACGAACGAAUGAAAUGACGAGGAAAUGGAGAUUAGUUAAGCUCUUCUCAGGUUCGUUUUUCGUUUGUUGAUCUUUCACAUUGAACGAUGGGAGGGAGGGAGUGAAAGUCGGGAAAACGGGAUCGUUCGUUGUGCUCGUUCGUAUAAAACUGACUUCUCGUUCGAUUCGUCGAAUGUGAUCAUCAAGAAAUUUUCGCCUUUGCGUCGAAGUUACCGGCCAAUCGUUAUUACGUCUCUCUCUUUCUCUCUCUCUUUUUCUCUCUUUCUCUCUCAUUAAAAUUAACGAGUAAAGUGAAAAAGAGUAAAAGAGAUGUGAGAGAGAUCGUAAAAAUUGAGGUGUGAACAAGAAAAAAAUAAGAAAAAAAAAAGAAAAAAAAAGAAAAAGAAGAAAAAAGAGAACAAGAAAAUCGUCUUCCCACCUACAAAUUCCCAAUUUCGUGCUACUCUGACAUCGUGUGUAUCGAUUUCACAAAUCGCGCACGCGAACGGAUGGUAUUAAAUUAUAAAUAUUAACGAUAUUCACGAUAUAUUAUUUAUACGAUUACAUCGCAUUGUAUCUCUUAUUCUGUAUAUUAUACGUACACAAGCAUACAAACACGUGAUAUACAUAUACAUACAUGUAUGUAUAUAUAUGUAUAUAUACACAUAUAUAUACAUAUACGUAUAUAUAUGUACACAUAUACAUAUAUAUAUAUAAUAAUUAUUAUUAUUAGAUUAGAAAAUGAAAGUGAGAGUGAGAAAAAGACGGAAAGUGGAUAAAUAAAUACGUAUAAAUAUUAAAAUAAGCGAGAUCGACAAAUGGUGUUAGGUCGAUUUAAGCAAUUUGAUAAAUCAUAAGUCGUAUAAAUUCGCGUUUAAGAAUAUUCCAUUAGAAUUUAAUCGUUAGACAGAAAAUAGAUAGCUAUCUCGAAAAAUGACAAUGCGAGAAUUGGGAGUACGUGAAUGAUUGAGUGAAUAAGUGAAUGAGUGAAUGUGAAUAUGUGUGUAUGUGAAUGCAAAAGAUGCGUUAAUAUCUGGAGUUUGAAGGAGAUUAAAGUGAAGAAAGUAAAGAAAAGAAAGGUAGGAAAAAAAUUUUUAAAGCGAGAAGAAAAGGGCGUGGCCACUUUCGCUGACGGUUUGAUAUUCGUGUUGAUAAUUUUCCGCCUCGUAUAAAUGUGACAUUAAAACGAAACGUAAAGACCUGUGUAAGAAGAAGAAAAAGAAGAGGCGUCUUCUCUCUUUUCGUGUUUUAAUCUCGAAAUGGUACUCUUUCGUCGUGCCCUAAUGUCCUUGUCUUUUCUUCGCAUCUCUCAUUCGCUCUCUCUUUCUCUCUCUCUUUCUGGAUAUAUAUAUAUAUAUAUAUAUAUAUAUAUAUAUAUAUAUAUAUAUAUAUGUAUAUAUUUCUCGUACACGUCUUUACGGGAAAACGGGCAAAAGUAGCGUGUAAAAGGAACGAAUGAUCUUAAGUACGAUCUUUCAGAGAUUUUUCUGCGAUUUAAUCUCUUUCGAAGAUGAAACGUUCGAAGUUGAAGAAAUACUGAGUUUCAUUAUAUUUUAUGAUUAAUUUUCUUUCUUUUUUACUUUUUGUUUUCUUCUCUUUUUUUUUCUUUUGUUGUUUCAUCAAAUAAUACGUAAUCACUAUAAAAUAAUAUUAGAUUUUUGCAGUAUAAUUCGAUUCGAAUCAUCGUCGUCUUAGAUCUCCAGGGAUCUUUCUUAUAAAUUUAAACGUCUCGCUAAUCCAACACGAAAUAUUCGGAAGAUUUUCUGGAAAAUCGACGUUGUUCUCUAUUUUCUUUCCGACGAGGAACAAGCUUGACAGGAAAGAAGUUUCAUGAAGAGCGAAAUAAAGAGUAAGCAAGCGCUCGCGCUACUCGAAAUGGAAGAAAAAUACAGAAACGUAGAAGCCAAACCGUCCAUAGGGAAAUUUUACGCGACGUGCGACGAUUGGAAAAGAUUAUAACGUUCAUUCCCAUUGGAGAAGGAGAAGCAGGAUGAGGAGGAGGAGAAGGAAGAGAAGGAGGGAAUGAGUAUUGUCAUUUUUCGAAGAGUUUAAAGUAUUUCGAUAUUGUCUAUAUCGAAUGGUUGCUGCAUCGUAUUGUUAUUUUUUCUUUUUCGUUUUUUUUUUACAGCUUUUAGUUUUUAUUUUAUUUUUUCUAAACGUCACGAUUCAAGUUAAAUUUCCGCACGAAAAUUCUUUUUCAUUUUUUUGCUGAACUUUUUCUUUAUGAAAUUCGUGGUUAACACACAAGAUUAUAAUAGUAUUAAUUUGAAGAGAGUUUAAAAAAGUUUAUAAAAGGAUUAUAAUUGAAUACGUCGGAGAAAAAUAGAAUCGAUUGGCGUACGAGACAAUUUUGAUAUCGUUUCUCUUGCGGUUACGUGCUUAAUAGUAGAAUUAAAAGAAAUUAUAUCUUUUGUAGUAUAGUAGAGAAAUUUUUUAAAGUUAUGCUUUGGAAAGUGAAGCAAAUUUUCGUGGUAUGUACUUAUUUGGAUGAAAAUCGAGAUCCUUUCCAAGAUAAGGACCGAUUAAAGCGUAGCCACUUAGCAAGGAAAUAUUAAUUCGGGUUUUAUCUUUAAAAAGAAUGAUAAGAGAGAGAGAGAGAGACAGAGAGAGAGAGAGAGAAGAGAAAGAAAAAGGUUGGAUGGUUUGAACUUUGCAAGACUUUGUCUUCGUUCAUUCGCCAUUUACCUGUGAAAGAGAAAUAACUCGCUUAUUUUCUUUUAAAAUCUUCGACGACGAUGACGAUGGUAAAAAGUUGAUGGUAAAGACGAAGCGUUUGUUUUUUUGACAAAGAAAAAAGAAGAAGAAUAAGAAAAAAAGGACACUAGAUUCUUCGAAACGUUCCUUUUUAACGAAUCUAACAAUUUUCGACGAAACGAGGAAGUUUAUCGUAAAAUCGCGAAUACUUGCGCCGCAAAUGCAUUGUUGUUCGUUCUUUCGUUCGUUUGCUUGCUUUGAAAAGUGAAUUAUUUCCGACGAGGAAUGAGUAAGUUAUUUUUCUCGAGAACUAUAAAUCUUUUUCGUCGUAGAAGACGUACACGAUCAGAAGAAAGAAAGGAAUUUCUGAUAAAAAGAUAAAAUUGUACUUCUCGAAUAAAGAGAAGCGAGUAAUAAUCGUUGUCGAUAUUUCGAUAUUUAAAAUCGUUUACGCGUCGGCAUCAAGUUGUAUAUAUAAAGAAAGAAAACGUAGUUUAGACAUUUUUGAUACCCUCGAAAAUAUCCACGAAUGCGAUACACGAUACUCAGAAAAAAAGCAAAGCUUUCGUAUUAUUCUAAUAAGCUCUAACGAGAUCCAACCGACGAAUAAUAACGAACACUAUUGCAAAUUUAGAAAUAGAUUCGUAUUACCGUAUAUAAUCAGACGCGAACACGCACACAGACUGCCGAUCAUCGUAUUAUACGAAAAGAUGCGAAUAACGCGAUCAUUAAUUUUUUUUUCCUUUUUUUUUCUUAUUUUAAAGACGAAUGAGGAGGAAGAGUCGUUCCUUUAAAAUAUUUGCCGAGUAAAGGAGUCAAGCACUUGUCGGCUUUUUAAUUAACAAAAAAUAUUUUCAUCCACCAAGCGGAUGAAAAAUAUAAACGAAUAUAAGUGAAUAAUUGGAUUAUCAAAUCAUCGAAGAAACUGCAGGAAUUGAAUUGUACUUUAAUUACGAUGGCAAGGAUCGUAUGAAUCGACGGAAGUAAAAAGAAAAAAGAAAUUUUUUUCUUAUUUUUCGCUUUUCUUUUUUUUGGGAUAUCUUUUUAAUAUAUUUUUUUUUAUGUAUAUACACGUAUAUACAUCGAAAUCGAAACACGAUCGCCAUACUAAUUAAACCGACAACAAGAAAUCGGUUCUCUCCCCAUUCAAGCAAACGAAAAUCCUCGCGAUCACUGCCAUCGGCUUCGUCGACGAUCGCGUCUAUCGUUCGUCACUGUUUUCUCGAUCAUUAAAAGAAGCUUUUCGAGAUUGUUAAGAAACGUGAUCGGCGAAGCUUCGAUGCGAGGUCGGCUUGCGAUUUAAGAAAUCGAAAGAAAAUAAAUACGAAAAAUAAAAAAAAAAGAAGAAAAAAAUAAAAAAGAAAAGAAAUAUCGCAGAUCUAUCUUCGUGACGUUAUAAUAAGUCAAAAAAAGAAUCGAAAGGCGAUGAGAAAAAGUUUAAAGGAAGUAAACGAUAUUACGUUAAAAGUUUUAAAUUUUGAGAAUACAUUAUACGACAUUUUCACUUGAACGAAUAAAGGAAUAGACAAACUAACAAACAAAAAAAAAAGAAAAAAGAAAUAGUGAAAGUUAAAAGAACGACGCGAGGCAAUAGUCAAUCGAUUUUCUUAUUAAACUAACGCCGAUUAAACAUUUUCUGCGAUUUGGCCGAGGACGGGCCGAGGGUAAUCAUCCGGUAGGAUAAUAAACGUCAACGAACUGUACAUUAAUAUAAUUAAUCGUUCUAUCUUUUUCCAUGUAAACAAUGCGCGAAUAUUGAAGACGCGUAAUCGUGGAAUCGCGAGUUAUUAUCGAACGAGUUUUGAAUAUAAAUAUACAUACCACACUAUUGUUAAUAAUAGUAUUAACGAUUAACUAAAAACUAUUGUCACAUAACGCUAACGAUAUACCGUAAUUGAUAAGAAUAACGAAAAGUAGUGUAAUGACGUAAUAGCAAUCGAUAGUACACGAUAGAAAUAAUGACUUUUAAUAAUAAUAAUAAUAAUAAUAAUAAUAAUAAUAAUAAUAAUAAUAAUAAUAAUAUUAAUAAUAUUAAUACUAAUAAUACUAAUACUAAAAUAAUAAUAAUAACGAUAAUAUAAUAAUAACAAUAACGUUACGUUAACGAUUAAUAAAGAUAACCCUAAAUAACAAUAUAAAUGAAUAUAAUUAAUACCUUAAAAUAUUGUAUAUCGAGUGCUAAUAACGAUGAUUAUACGGAAGAAGAAAAAGAAGCCACCUAUGAUAUUGUUAAUAAUCACUAAACGACUAUUAUUAUUAUUAUUUAAAGAUAUAAGCAUGAAUAAAGAAGAGAAAAGGAAGAAGUAUCUAGUUGUGUACGAAGAAAAAAUAAAAAUUAUGUACACGCACGCAGGAAGACACGUACAUAUACAUAUAUAUAUAUAUAUAUAUAUAUAUAUAUAUAUAUAUAUAUAUAUAUAUAUAUAUAUCUGUAUAUACGUAUCUGUGGUUGCGUCUUACACACAAUAAACACACAUACACACACGUACACGCGCGCGUACGGAAACUCGUAUAAAACUGAUAGUAUUGUUAAGACAAUCAGACUCUUAUUAUUCCGGCCACCCCGAGGGCCAAAAAGAAAACCGUGAAUAUUUAUUGUUCGGCCCGUUUCCUCGGCUUUAGACGAAGCGUGCGCUCGUGUCGAUCGAGGUGUGUUGGUGAUAACAAAAAGAGAUAUCUUUGGUCUCUUUUUCUUUUUCUCUCUUUCUCUCUUUCUCUCUCUCUCUCUCUCUCACUCUCUUUCUCGUUUUUUCUCUUUUUCGGAAGGAAAAGAAGACGAGAUGAGAAAAGCCAAAUUUGUAGGACUCGUUCAAUCAUUUCGACCAUCACGAGAGAUCGAAGAAAAAUCAUACGAAGAAUGAAAUCGAAUAGAAGAGUGAGAAAGAUGAUUCAGAGAAGAAUGAUUAAGAUAGAGAACUUUGUGAAUACUUAAAUCUUAGACAAAAAAGGAUAGAGAGAGAGAAGAGAAAGAGAGAGAAAAAGAUAGAGAGAAAGAGUAAGAAGCGUGCCGAAUGUGCCGUGGAACACUUUUUGUACGUCUCACAUUUUCUACGGUUACAAAGACGAGGACUAAGCUACGACGACGAGGACGAUGACGACGAGGACGACAACGAUGACGACGACGACGAUGACGACGACGCGACGACGACAACGACGACGAUGAUGAUAAAAAAGAAGAAGAAGAAGAAAAAGAAAAAAUAGGGUGAAGAGAAGGAGGUGGUUGAGAAUGAGGAUGAGGAACGUUAGGCCAGAGGGGAAGUGACGGAGAGAAAAAAGUCAUUCGUCAUUCGCACUUAAGCGAAAUUCUUUUCCCGGUGUGUUGUGCGCGUGAGGAGAAAAAAGUGACAAGAAAGAAGGAAGUAGCGACGUUUACAUGAGAGAAUUGCUCGUGGCGCAUCCGCCAAUUUCGCGUUCCUCCUUCUUCUUUCUAUGUACGAUUUGAGAAAAGAAAAAAGUGGGAAGAUAUUUUGGGAAAAGAAAGAGUAGAGGGGGAGAACGAAGAGCACACGUGCACAUUGUGGGCAUCACGCAUGCUCUUGUUCACACAUUCAUAUUUUACAUUAAACGGAAUGUAGACACAUUACACGCGCAUACACGAAUAUUUAAAAGAAAAGAAAAUAAAAUAAAAUAAAAUAAAUGAAUGAAUAAAUAAAUAAAUAAAUGAGUAAAUAAAUAAGUAAAUAAAAAAUGUUCAUACAUAUUAAAAAUCACGCAUAUUUAACGGAGGAAGAGCUCGCGUUCGACGGAUUCGUCGUUACAUAUGCGUUAUGAUCGUAUGGAGAAAAUGGGGAUUAUUUGUUGGUAGGUGUGUUACGAAUAUACACAUUCACACGCGUACAUAACAUAACAUAUAUAUAUAUAUAUAUAUAUAUAUAUAUAUAUAUAUAUGAUAUAUGAUAUAUAUAUAUGCAGACACAUAUGCAUACGUACAUAUACACAUAUUGUAAAACGAUACGAUAAACGAGCAUAUACUGUAAAACAAGAACACACUCACACACGAGGAAGGAGACAAGAGGGUUAAGAAAAUAAAAAAAUAAAAUAAAAUAAAAUAAUACGAGCGUUUUGUUAUAUCCGUAAGCAGUAGGCGAAAGGUGUGUUAUAAGGGAGUAAACGUAUCGAAUCUACAGUUAAAUGUUUACGAUAAAAUUACGGGUAAUUAAGAAAUUCUAGAUUUUUUCUAACUAAUCGAAUCGUAACGGCGGACUCGUGCCAAUCCUCUAGAUUUACGACCUAAAACGAGAUAUACAAAUAAAAAUGAAGCUGUUAUCCUAUAUUAAGUCGGCUUGGAAUAUUUGAUUAAAUAUGUAUGUAUUAUUUGUGAAGCGAACGUGACUGUGUUUCUCGUGUCAGCCUGUCUACCUGCCUGCCUGUCUGCUUGCCUGUCUGUCCGUCUGUUUGUCUGAUUGAAUGUCCGCUGUAUGUUGAAUGCUCUGUGUGUAGUAUCAAUGACGCGUAUACGUUUGUGCGUGACACAUCGCGUUCGCUCGUGUGUUAGUAUGUGUAUAUGCACGCGCGUGUCGAAGUCAAAUGAAAUAAAAAAGGAGACAGAUAGAGAGAGAGAGAGAGAGAGAGAGAGAGAGAGAGAGAGAGAGAGAGAGAGAGAGAGAGAGAGAGAGAGAGAGAGAGAGAGAGAGUGGGAGAGAGAGGGAGAGAGGAAAAGAGAGAGAAAGAGAGGGAGAGAGAGAGAGAGAAGGAAAAAUAAGGGUGCUCCCGUAGAUUGAAACGGAAAGAGUACGACUGACAAAAAAGGCAUAAGUGAGUAUACGAAUGUAUGAGAGUAAAAGAGAUAAAAAGAACGUCUGAAAGAUUUAGAGUAGAAUAGAGAGAGAAAGAGAAGACGGAGGAAUAAUUCUUUAAGUAAGUUUUAAACAUUGAAAAUGAUAAAGAGAGAAGAAAUGAACAUGCUGAGAUUUAUAGCUAAUGAAACCGUCGAAUGACUUUCGUCAAGACCGUGUUCCUUUGACUUUUCUCUUUUCAAUUCAUACAAUAUUUGAGAGAAAGAAGUUUUUACAGGGAAGCCAUCUUUUGAUAUUUUUAAAAACAAAGAGACGAUGCCGAUCUUGAGAAUACUUCGACAUUUUCCUUUUUAUUUAUUUAUUUUUGUUUCGUUUUGUUUUUUUUUUUAUAUCUCUCUCUCUUUUCGAGUAUUUUCUCGAUGCUGACCGUGGAGUUACGUGUUUACUGCAAGUAAACUAUCGGCUUUCCGUGUAUCCUGCGAGCUCCAUCGUAGAUUUAAAACGGGCUUUAAAAGCGCGCCAUUAGGAGUAGAGUCUGUUUGUUUCGACUCUUGGCGUUUCUUUCGAGCGACGACCGACGAAAGUCCAUCGACGAGAAUCUCGAAAAAGUUUCGUGAAAGGGUAGGCGAAGGAUCCCGCUGAGUAUUUCCGAAUCUUUCGCUUUUGUACAGCGUUUCAUUCUUCCUUUUUUCUUUAUUUUUUUUUAUUUCUUUCUUCUUUUCGUGUUCUUUCUGUCUUUUUUGUUUUUAUUUUUAUUUUUCUUUUCUUUCCGUGGGAUCCUCGGCCGAUGAUUGGCAAAUAGCACAGACAUUUAUAUAUAUAAUCGAUAAGUAUUAAUGCUAAUUUGUAUCUGCCAGUAAUCGUUGGAAAUUAGAUUAAUAAAAUAUGUGAUAAAUGAGAAUAAUCGUACGGUGAAGGAUGAUGAUAGUAUGUUUGAACAAUAUAUAAAUAUAUAUAUAUAUAUAUAUAUAUAUAUAUAUAUAUAUAAUAAAAUAAAAUUCUCAUCGAUCCUUCGAGACUAAAUGCUUUUAAUCCUUCGCACUUGGUCGACUUUUCUAACAAUUUUUAAUUAAUAUCUUCGAUUCGUUAAUAACGCGCCAAAUUAGCAGAGCUUAUCGAUGAAAAAGCUCGAUUUAACCACACGUGAAAAUCUAUUCUCUUUCGCGUUACGUAUACUUCAAAGAGAUGUAUUUCGAGCGCGAAGGAUUGAUUAUUAAUUAGCGGAUAACGAUACAUUGAUCGAUGACACGAUGUUAUUACAGAAAAUUACAUUACAAUUUAUAAACUAUUGUAACUCGAACAAAUCCGAUUAUAUAUCCGAUGAUUAUCACAAAUGAAUAAUGUAAUAACAUUUUUUUUCGUUUCUAUUAAAUAACAUUCCUUUGUUAGCAGCGGCGAAUUUGAUUUUUCGAAUUAUAGUACUAUAUCUAGUAGGCGAUUGGUACCCAACGAUUAUAAAAUUUCGUACGCAUUAAAAGAUAAAAUAUAAAGGUGUGUGUAUAUGUAUGUGUGUGUAUGAGAGAGAGAGAGAGAGAGAGGUGAUUUGUAAGUUGAGCAAGUGAGAGUGAGAGAGAGAGAAAGAGAGAGAGAGAGAGGUAACUUGUAAGUCAACAACAAGUGAUCGUUAGAUAGAAAGAAAGAGAAGUGAUUUGUAAGUCGAUAGAAAGUGAGAAUGAGAGAGAGAGAGAGAGAGAGAGAGAGAGAGAGAGAGAGAGAGAGAGAGAGAGA